AAAAAAAAACCCCUCACUGGAUUGGCUCUCAUCUCAUCGAUCCUGCUCACCCUUCCUCUCUCUCCUCCUCCUCCCCACCCCAACGCCAUGGCUGCCGCGGUCGCCUCCCAUCGGUUCCUCUCCGUCGCCGAGGCGGGCGCCGCCUUCCGCUGGACCCCGUCCCAGCUCGACCCCAAGAUGUUGUCAUUGCAAAACGAAAUCUUCAUUACAUCUGGUGGAGACCGGGAUUUGAUUAAUAGGAUUCUCAGCAAAAGCAAAACUGAAACGGUUCCUGAGAACAAGGAUGAUGGUGAGUCUGAUGAUGAUAACGAUGAGGAGGGAGAUGACGAGGAUGCUGAAAAUCAAGGCGACGAUGAUGCUGGUGAUGAAGAUGCCUCGGAAGAGGAAGGGAAUGAUGAGGACGAGGACGGGGACCCUGAAGCCAAUGGUGAAGGAGGGAGUGAUGACGACGAUGGUGGAGAAGAUGACGAUGACGAGGAUGAGGACGGGGACGAUGAUGAGGGUGAGGGCGAGGGCGAGGAUGACGAUGAGGAUGAGGAGGAAGAAGAGGAAGAGGAUGACGACGAUGACGUCCCGCAACCACCUGCCAAAAAGAGGAAAUGAUCAAUGAGUAACAGCCCUACCUUACAAGCAAGAACGUGGCUCUGUUCAUCCUGUGCUUAGUGGUUCACUGGUUACUGGUUAGCAGGUAGGGGUUUUAGCUCGGUCGUCAGCCAUAGCCUAGUUUGAGAACAGGAAAAAAGAACACUUAGUUGUGCAUGUACUAUUUAAAAGAUUCUUUUUUAUCAUGUCUCUCUUCUGAUUUGCUACCGAUUUGUGUUUGCUUAGCCCUUUUUACAUUGUUGUUGUACCCUCCAGACAUUAGACAUGAAUGGAUGUACGUAAUAAUGCAGCAAUGCAAGUAAGACAGCCUCGUUCUUGUGUUC